CUGUUGCCUACAGUCGGGCGUUCAGCAACUCUGCCACGAGCUCUCGAAGCCCCAAUGCUACUUCGAUUAUUCGAGGGCAAUUCAAAACUUUAAAUGAAAUUAACACGCGCGCUUUUGUUUAGAAAGUGAAUUUAAUAAUUAAGACAAGUACUUGUAGCUCGAGUGGAUAAAGUCGUCGGGAUGACUGAGAACGUGCAAGGAACCUUUGUGUCAGAAAAAAUAUCGAAAAUUAGAUGGAGGCAUGAGCAAUUUUCAGAUGCCAAACAUUUUGUAACCGGCAGUUGGGACGAUGCGGUCAAUAAAAUAAGCUACUGGACAUUUCAAAAAAAUGAUGAAGACGAACUGUAUCCUGUCAAUAUUUCUGCUUAUCCAGUAAUUGGCGAUGUUACAGAAAUGAAGUUUAUUAGUUACGAUCAUUUUGUUGCCUCGUCGUCGCUUGGAACUGUUAAAGUAUUAAAACUUCAAGAUAAUCCAUACCCUGAUAUAAAAGAGGAAAGCACGUGGGAUCUAAUACACCGAUUUAAUCAAAAAGAGCCCGCAUCCUGUACCGCGUUAUCAACUUUCGAACAGGAUAUCGUCACCGUUGGAGAAGAUGGUAGAAUAAAUUUACUUACAGCCCAACAAAACAAUCCAGUUCGAACGAUCGACGAAGCGGAUAGUUGCUCGUUGCAUUGCGUUGACUUUUUGCGACACAGCGAAAUUCUCACUGGAAAUAUCCGAGGGCAUAUGAAAGUAUGGGAUUUACGUAGUGAACAGGAUACACCCGCAACGACCAUUAUGCUUUCGGAACAAUCAAAAACAGAAGCUACGAGCAUUGCACAUCACCCAACGCAGAAACAUAUAGUUGUAGCUGGUGGUGGAGAUGGGAGUCUGACGGUUUGGGAUUUGCGCUAUAAUACAUAUCCAAUUAGUCAAUUAAGCGCGCACUGUAAAAGCGUGAGUGAAAUUUUAUUUCACAACGACCAACCAGAAAAUCUAUUUACCUGCUCUAUCAGUGGAGAGCUUUGGCAUUGGAAUAAUACUCAACACUCUAAAUUAAAUUUAGAUACUACAGACUCCCAUUGGUUAAAUAACAUUGGAAAUAAAGGGAAGUUACACGUGAAUUCUCUAUGUACUCCAAUGCACAAGCCAAUAAAUAGUAUCGACAUCAACAAAAAUACAGUACUAUUUGGAUGUGAUAACGAAGCAAUAUACAUUAUUCGAAAUAUUAAUAUUUAGUUAAAUACUUUUAAGUAAUAAAAUAUAUUGUGUAUAAUUGCAG